CGAGCUGUCAGGCCGAGUGUCAGGCCCGGCAGGUACGCGGCGCGCUCCCCCGGCGCCCUCCGCCCCCUGCCAGGACGCCCCGCACCGAGCCUGAGGCCGCGUGGACCCGAAAGCCGCUCGGAAAAGCUUGCCCAGGGUCCAGCCUAGCAGCUAGACACCAUGUCAGACAGUGAUCUAGGUGAAGACGAAGGCCUCCUGUCUCUGGCAGGCAAGAGGAAGCGCAGAGGAAACCUGCCCAAGGAGUCCGUGAAGAUCCUCCGGGACUGGCUGUACUUGCACCGCUAUAACGCCUACCCGUCAGAGCAGGAGAAGCUGAGCCUUUCUGGACAGACCAACCUGUCAGUGUUGCAGAUAUGCAACUGGUUUAUCAACGCCCGGCGGCGGCUUCUGCCAGACAUGCUUCGGAAGGAUGGCAAAGACCCUAAUCAGUUCACCAUUUCCCGCCGUGGGGGUAAAGCCUCAGAUGUGGCCCUCCCCCGUGGCAGCAGCCCCUCAAUGCUGGCUGUGUCUGUACCAACCCCCACCAAUGUGCUGUCUCUGUCCGUGUGCUCCAUGCCACUCCACUCAGGCCAGGGGGAAAAGCAAACACCCCCCUUCCCACAGGGAGAGCUGGAGCCCCCCAAGCCUCUGGUCACCCCUGGUAGCACCCUUGCCCUGCUGACCAGGGCUGAGGCUGGAAGCCCCACGGGUGGACUCUUCAACACGCCUCCGCCCACACCCCCAGAGCAGGACAAAGAGGACUUCAGCAGCUUCCAGCUGCUGGUGGAGGUGGCGCUACAGAGGGCUGCUGAGAUGGAGCUUCAGAAGCAGCAGGACCCAUCGCUCCCAUUACUGCACACUCCCAUCCCUUUAGUCUCUGAAAACCCCAAGUAGGCAUCUGCCAGCAGGGGUGCUCGAGGCUUGAGUCAGCUGUCCUGGGUUUCCGUUUUGGUUCCCUUCCAUACAGAGGGUUUUCUAUGGAUCACUGCCAAACAUCAGGAUCAUCUCUGUCCAGAGGUCUUCAGCGGGAAGACGCCAAUUGACAUCACUGUACAGUGACGUGGGACCUCUCCUCUGCUAACUCUGCCAUUUCUCCAGGCCUCCCCUCAGUGGUGAUGCCAAGAGAUUGGCAACAGGCAUGGUGCUGCUGCUGCUGCUGCUCCAGAGGAUUCCUGGGACACCUUUGUUCCAGCCUAGUUUCCAGGGCUGGGCUCAGGAACCCUGCCAAGUUCCGACCUAUGCUGGGUCCAAACUGCUCCUGAGCUGUGCCUCUUUCUAUCAAGCCAGGUGUGGACAUUCCAAGUUCCUAAUCGUGAACAAAAGAAAAGAGGAGCCCAGCAGAUAUAACAGAACCGACUCCAGUUGAAUGUUUAGGUUUUUGCUAAACUGUUUAUUUUUUCCUUUUUGCUGUGGUUUGCAUUAAUGGCAGUAGUUAGCCCAGGUGUGGGGAAUGAGGAUGCAUUACAUGAUGGAAUCUGAUGAACUAGGAAUGACCCACCACUGCAAUUUGGGAGUGUUUUGCAAGGAAGGAGUUUUUAUUUGGGGGACCAGCUAAAUCUCUGCAGUUGUGUGUGAAAUUCCAAAUGGUGGUUGUAUUGUUGGUUUGAUUUACCAAAAAAG